AACAAGUGGUGCCGAAGGCACACGAGGACCCUGAAUUCGUUCGUUUCGCGUGCGAGCUCACGUCAGUACGAACCACGAGCCCCGCUCCGCGCGAGUGUUCGACCAGCUUAGCCGAGUGUGGUGACUUCCGCGCGGGGACUUUGGUGAGCACGACAGGAGAAAAUGAACGAGAGACAGCCAUCUUACAAAUUGAUCUACUUCAACGCUCGCGGCCGUGCCGAACAUAUCCGGUACAUAUUUGCGUACGCCGGCAUCGACUACGUUGACGAGAGGAUCCCCAAGGAACAUUGGUCGGAUCUGAAGAAAUCGAUGCCUUAUGGAAUGCUACCGGUGCUGGAGAUAGACGGGAAACUGAUAGCACAGAGCAACGCGGUUGCGAGAUACUUGGCGAGGAAACACAAUCUAACUGGAAGGGAUGAAUGGGAGGAGAUGCAGUGCGAUGUUCUUGUCGAUACCCUCGGAGAUCUCAAGCAAAUAAUAUCUCAGUACCGUACCGAGGACGAUCAUUUCAAGAAAGAAGAAAAGAAGGCGAAACUUCUGAGAGAAACGAUACCGUUUUACUUGAACAAGUUUGAGCAAACUGUUGGUGAGAAUGGAGGCUACACCGUCGGAUCUACCACCACGUGGACGGACUUCGUGUUUGCUGUAGCUCUCGAGAAUUUCGAAAAUAUAUUCGGCGGAAACGCAUUAGAAAAUUUUCCUGGACUACGGGCGUUGAAGAAAAGAGUCCACGAGAUACCUGCGAUCACUAAUUGGCUGACGAAACGACCUCAUACGGAGUUUUAGAUAUUAUAUGUUUGUUUUUUAAAAGAAUGAGUACAUAUCUACACUAUCUGUGUGUGUGCUUGGUCGCAUAUAAUUAAACGUUUGUUAACAGUAAGAAUUGUCAGUGUCACCAUGUGUUCUAUCGGUGUGCAAAAUGUUGUGUAAAAAUAAUGCAUAGCUAUGGCGGUCCGUGUGUUAAAUAUGCAUCGAAUUAAGCGAACGAGAGACUUAAUUCAUCUUUAUUUAACCUACGGGUUAGAUUUCCAUAUUUUUUAUUAAAUAGAUCCCUAUUUCACACGCUUAAAACGUUUCGAAGGAAAACUUCUUGUCAGCUCCAUCAAAGCCUUGAUGUUAUCAUAUGAUCAAACAAAAGUGUUCCUUUGAUUUUAUCAUUACCACUUUAAAUGCUCGCUCGAUUUAUUUACAUGUUUUUGGAUAUUAUCCAAAUUGUAUCAUAAUCAUAUUUCUCUGAGAUAAAACAAACUCUGACUUUGAUUAUAUGUACGAAUAUGUUUAGUAGACAAUAUUUGUCGCAAAUAUUGAUCCCAAAUAUUAAACAAUGUUAGUUAAUGCGUU